AUGUGCGAAGCUGGUAAUACUGUCAUCACAGGCUACUCAACUACCACUGAUUAUGCUCGAUCCCUCUGCUCUGAUGUUGUUGUUGCUGUUGAUUGGGUGAUUAGUAAUUGCGCUCUCUGUCCUGGCGAUGAUUGUUUGGUUGGAGGUGUUGCAGCGACAUACGACAAUGGAGACUUGCCCAUUAUGGUUCAGGGUACGAAUGUCUAG